AUGUCACCUCCGCUUGUACCCCUAGCAGAGAUCCCGACUGUCUCGCUGUUGUACAAACUGGGUCGUCUAGUCCCCUCCUCUGCACCACUUGCCCAGCCGUCAAUCUCAUUCAAUAACAUCAUCUCACUCAUUCGAAACGACAUCACGAAAUUGGAGAACGUCGACUGCAUUGUCAAUGCGGCCAAUGAAUCGCUUCUUGGAGGGGGCGGUGUGGACGGAGCUAUCCACCGCGCUGCAGGACCAGACCUGCUGACGGAAUGUCGGACCCUGAAGUUCUGCAGGACUGGCGAUGCCAAAAUAACAUCUGCAUAUGAGCUUCCAUGCAAGAAGGUUAUUCAUACCGUUGGACCAAUCUACCAUUUUGAGUUGCCAAAGGGCGACGACAGACCUGAGAUGUUACUGCGGAGCUGCUACCGUCGAAGCUUGGAGUUAGCUGUCGAAAACGACAUGAAGAGCAUUGCUUUUGCUGCAAUAAGCACCGGUGUCUAUGGAUAUCCAAGCAACGAGGCUGCCUUUGCGGUUCUUGAUGAGGUUCGGAAGUUUUUGGAGGGCCCUGGCAAUAUCGAGAAGCUGGAGAGGAUCAUUUUCUGCAACUUCGAGCGAAAGGAUGAAGUGGCCUAUGAGGAAGCCAUCCCCUUGAUAUUUCCCCCAGUUGAGCAAGACCUUCCUCGCCAUAGUACCCAUUCCGAAGUCCCGGCAGAGGCGACCGCUGAAUCUUCGCCGACGCCAGAGAUUCUCGCAGCCAAACUCCCUGACCCACCCACUGCAGACCCUGCCCUGGAAGGCCAGCCCGAAAAUAAAAAGCAAAAACUUAAUGCGGACGAGAUCAAACCAAGUGUCGACGCUAAGACUGAAGGCGUCCAGUCCAAGAUUGACGAUAAAAGUGAGGAUGAUUGGGAGGAAGUCGACAAGUCGGAGGGCGGACCAGCGGAAAGGCUUGACGAUGAACCUGUCGAGAUCGAAAGGGCUCCUUCUGCAGCAGACGUACAGAGUGUCCAAUCCAGUGGUAUUAUCGAGAAGGAUGCGUUUCACCCAGCAGAAAACUAUCUAGCAAAGGACUGGUAG